AUGGGUUGUGUUUUGGGUCAACACGAUGACACGAGCAAGAAAGAAUAUGCUAUCUACUAUCUCAGUAAGAAAUUCACUGAAUGUGAGACUCGAUACUCACUUUUGGAGAAAACUUAUUGUGCUUUGACUUGGGUUUCCCGACGCUUGAGGCAAUAUAUGAUUUAUCAUACUACUUUAUUGAUAUCCAUAAUGGAUCCGAUAAAGUAUAUCUUCGAAAAGCCUGCUGUUACUGGUAGAAUUUCCCGGGGGCAAAUGUUGCUAACCGAGUAUGAUAUACAGUAUGUGACCCAGAAAGCAAUAAAAUGGAGUGUUUUGUCUGACUAUCUUGCUCACCUGCCUGUCGAAGGUUACCAACCGUUGAAGUUUGACUUUCCAGAUGAGGACAUCAUGUUUAUCAGAGGCUUCACUAUGCAUGGAUUCAAGGUAAGCCCUAAGGAAGGCCCCGAACCAGGAUCGUGA